GGUUCUCAGCCGGCCCGGGAAGGGGACACAGCCAGGUCCCUGCCGCGGAGGCGCGUCCCGCCUGGGGCCCUGGCGGGAUCGGUGGCCGGAGAGGCCCCGGGGGGGCCGGCGCCCGAGCGGAGGAGGGUGCGCAGGGCCGAGGGCCCACAGGGAGGAGCGGGCCUGCACGGACCGACGGCGCGGGACAGACUGACAGCCCGGCAGACGGCGCCGCACCGAUGCACGGGGAGGGUAGCGCCGUCCCGCAGGGCCGAGGGCGGCCCCAGCGCCCAGGCCGCACGCAGGACUGCAAGGACAGGCCGAGGGCGGCGGGGGCGGGACAGGACCGACGAGAAUCCGGAGGAGGAUGGCGGCGACCUCCGAGAGCCUCUUCCCCUCUGGGGGUGACCUGGACUCCAGACAGUUACAGAUGGAGCCCGAUGAGGUGGACACUCUGAAGGAGGGAGAGGACUCAGCUGACCGGAUGCACCCCUUUCUGGCCAUCUAUGACCUCCAGCCUCUGAAAAUUCACCCCUUGGUGUUUGCCCCUGGGGUUCCCGUCAUAGCCCAGGUGGUGGGCACUGAAAGAUACACCAGUGGAUCCAAGGUGGGCACCUGCACUCUGUAUUCUGUCCGCUUGACUCACGGUGACUUUACUUGGACAACCAAGAAGAAGUUCCGUCAUUUCCAGGAAUUGCAUCGGGACCUCCUGAGACACAAAGUCUUGAUGAGUCUGCUCCCUCUGGCUCGCUUUGCCGUUGCUUCUUCUCCAGCCCAAGAGGCAAACAACAGACAGAUGCCCUCUCUACCCCGGGCAGGUCCUGAGGGCUCCGCCAGACAUGCAUCCAGCAAACAGAAAUACCUGGAGGAUUACCUCAACCGCCUCCUGACCAUGUCUUUCUACCGCAACUACCAUGCCAUGACAGAGUUUCUGGAAGUCAGUCAGCUGUCGUUUAUCCCAGACCUUGGAUCCAAAGGACUGGAGGGGGUGAUCCGGAAGCGCUCAGGUGGCCACCGUGUUCCUGGCCUCACCUGCUGUGGCCGAGACCAAGUUUGUUAUCGCUGGUCCAAGCGGUGGCUGGUGGUGAAGGACUCCUUCCUGCUGUACAUGUGCCUCGAGACCGGCACCAUCACAUUUGUUCAGCUCUUCGACCCUGGCUUCGAGGUACAGGUGGGGAAAAGGAGCACAGAGGCACGGUACGGGGUCCGGAUCGACACCUCCCACAGGUCCUUGAUUCUCAAGUGCAGCAGCUACCGGCAGGCACGGUGGUGGGCCCAGGAGAUCACUGAGCUGGCCCAUGGCCCGGGCAGAGACUUUGUACAGCUGCACCGGCACGAAAGCUACGCUCCACCUCGGCCUGGGACCCUGGCCCGGUGGUUUGUGAAUGGGGCAGGUUACUUUGCUGCUGCAGCUGAUGCCAUCCUGCGAGCUCAAGAGGAGAUUUUCAUCACAGACUGGUGGUUGAGUCCUGAGAUUUACCUGAAGCGUCCGGCCCAUUCAGAUGACUGGAGACUGGACAUUAUGCUCAAGAAGAAGGCGGAGGAGGGUGUCCGGGUGUCCGUACUGCUGUUUAAGGAAGUGGAGCUGGCCUUGGCCAUCAACAGUGGCUAUAGCAAGAAGGUUCUAAUGCUACUGCAUCCCAACAUAAAGGUGAUGCGCCACCCAGACCAGGUGACUCUGUGGGCCCAUCAUGAGAAGCUCCUGGUGGUGGACCAAGCAGUGGCCUUCUUGGGGGGGCUGGACCUCGCCUAUGGCCGCUGGGAUGACCUGCACUACAGACUAACUGACCUUCGGGACUCCUCUGAGUCAGCUGCCCCCCAGCCUCCCACCUCAUGCUCAGACCCUCCAGCUACACCAGACCUCUCUCACAACCAACUCUUCUGGCUGGGCAAGGACUACAGCAAUCUUAUCACUAAGGACUGGGUCCAGCUGGAUCGACCUUUUGAGGAUUUCAUUGACAGGGAGACCACACCCCGGAUGCCAUGGCGGGACGUCGGGGUGGUGGUCCAUGGCUCACCCGCCAGGGACCUUGCCCGGCAUUUCAUCCAGCGCUGGAAUUUCACCAAGACCACCAAGGCCAAGUACAAGAUACCCAGGUACCCCUACCUGCUGCCCAAGUCCACCAGCACCGCAAACCAGCUCCCUUUCAUGCUCCCGGGAGUGCAGUGCGCCACCGUGCAGGUCUUGCGGUCAGUGGACCGCUGGUCAGCGGGGACCUUGGAGAACUCCAUCCUCAAUGCCUACCUGCACACCAUCAGGGAGAGCCAGCACUUCCUCUACAUUGAGAAUCAAUUCUUCAUUAGCUGCUCAGAUGGGCGGACGGUGCUGAACAAGGUGGGCGAUGAGAUUGUGGACAGAAUCCUGAAGGCCCACAAACAGGGGCAGUGCUUCCGAGUCUACAUGCUUUUGCCCCUGCUCCCGGGGUUCGAGGGCGACAUCUCCACAGGUGGUGGUAACUCCAUCCAGGCCAUUCUGCACUUCACUUACAGGACGCUGUGUCGUGGGGAAUAUUCAAUUCUACAUCGCCUCAAAGCAGCCAUGGGGACAGCGUGGCGGGACUAUAUUUCCAUCUGUGGGCUUCGCACACACGGAGAGCUGGGUAGGCACCCGGUCUCAGAACUCAUCUACAUCCACAGCAAGAUGCUCAUUGCAGAUGACCGGACGGUCAUCAUUGGCUCCGCAAACAUCAAUGAUCGGAGUUUACUGGGGAAGCGGGACAGUGAGCUGGCUGUGCUGAUCGAGGACACGGAGAUGGAGGCAUCCCUCAUGAAUGGUGUGGAAUAUGAGGCGGGCAGGUUUGCCUUGAGUUUGCGGAAACACUGCUUCAGCGUGAUUCUCGGGGCAGAUGCCCGGCCGGACCUGGAUCUCCGAGACCCUGUCUGUGAUGACUUCUUCCAGUCGUGGCAAGACACAGCUGAGAGCAAUGCCAAUAUCUAUGAGCAGAUCUUCCGCUGCCUGCCGUCCAACGCCAUUCGCUCCCUGCGGGCACUCCGGGAGUAUGUGGCCGUGGAGCCGCUGGCCACGGUCAGCCCUCCCUUGGCCCGGUCUGAACUCACCCAGGUCCAGGGCCACCUGGUCCACUUCCCCCUCAAGUUCCUGGAGGAUGAGUCUUUGCUGCCCCCCCUGGGGAGCAAGGAGGGCGUGAUACCCCUAGAAGUGUGGACAUAGCUGCGGCUCCAGCCCGGGAGAGGUCACCAGCCGCUGGGCUCUACCUCAUCUGGCUCCCUGCCCCCUCACCCUGAGCACCGAGGGCAGUGCCUUUGAGACCUAGGGGAGGCAGGCAUCCCCGGAGGGAACUAGAGAAGUCACAGAGGACCCUUUCUUGAGAAGUAGCCAAAGGGGACACUCUCAAGCCCGGGCUGGGGAGGCAGGAGAGGGUCCAGAGAAGUUCAUCCUCCUCGCUGCCCAGUUCAAACCACUGCUACAAAGGAGAAGCAAAACACCUGCCAGGAUGCCUGGGGCCAGCCUCCUACUCCAGGAGGACCAGAUUCUGCCCUAGGCCUUCCCAUCUCUCCCUUCGUCUUCCUGCCCUUGAACACCCUCCCUGCCCCAGGGCCUUUCCCGGUUCAUUACUGCCAAGGUGGAGGGAAGGAUGCAGCCGCUCCGGCUUCAGUGCCCAUGGUGGGGAGGGGACGGGGGGUGGGGGGAUGCACACUAACCCCCCCCACCAGCUGAUGACAGGCACUAACUCUGUAUCAGUUCAAUAAGCGUUUCAUAAAUAAAAGCCUAGAAAAGGUCCUUGCCUCUUCCUGGGCUGAACUGAGUGCUCGUCUCAGCUGCCCCCCCCAGGUCUACACACAGCAGCACAGGCCCCUUCAUCCUCUCUCCACACCACUGGUUUCUUCUUUCUGUGACUUCAGCUCCGCUCCGCUCGUCUGUGGCUUCGGGAGCUCCGUCAGUAGGUGCUGGGAAGACCAGGUGUUCACACAGGGAUGCCUGGGUAAAAGAAGGGCGGGGUCAAACCAGGACUCCUGGAGGACAGUGGAGCUGAUGGUGCAGCUUCAGGUGAGGGAGGCGCCCAAAGAAGGGCCCAGAGGGGCUGCCUCUUGUUCCUCAAGUGACUGCAAGGGGAGAGGCUUAGCGAAGCCCCUGGGAGUGGAUAAGGGUAUAAGGCUUGAGGUCAGGAAGAACUGGGCCCAAAUCCUGGACUUGUCACUUACUACCUUGGUGACCUUCUCAAGUCACAUCACUUCUCUGGGCCUCGGUGAUCCCAACUGGGAAAUGGGAAUAAUACUUAACAGCUGGCUUGCUGUAAAGAUUCAGUCAUUGACUUAGAUAUUUAUUGAGUACCUGCUCUUUGCCAGACACCAUUCUAAACUCACAGCAGUGAGUACAACAAAGUCCCCACCCUCGUGGGACAGGCACGUAUGUCCUGGAGCUUCAGUGUCCAGUACAGUAGCCACCAGCCACAUUUGGCUAUUUACAUUUAAAUUAAUUACAAUUAGAAAUAGGUAAAGAUUUAGUUCCUCACUCGCAGCAGCCAUGUUUCAAGUGCUCAGGAGCCACUCGUGUCUAGCAUAUUGGACGGUGCAGGUACAGACCAUUUCCGUCAUUGCACAGAGUUCUAUCAGUUGGCACAUUGCACAGAGUUCUAUUGCUCCAGAGGGAAGAGAGAUAAUAGAUGGUGUAGUCUACAAGAGAAUGUAGUUCACGCUGGACUGAGGAGGGUUACCUGCCACGGCAGGUGGGGAGAAAAGGAUAAGAUAACAGGGGUAUACAGAGAGAGCUCUUUGAGUGAAUUGGUGACUUUUAUUUCUUAAGCUGGGUGGUGGGAUAUGAACUUUAUAUUUUUUUUCCAUAUCUUUUUGUAUAUCUGAAAUAUUUUGCAAUUAGAAAAAAGUUUAGUGCAGUUCUGGAUCUUGCCCUUUGUUCCCCCAGCCUCACUCCCCAAUCUCCGAAUUGACCACAGGAGCAGGAAGAAACAGAGGGGAAUAGAGUGAGCAGUUUAGGAGGACUUCCUGGAGGAGGGGUGUGCUUGUGGAUGAUUGCGUGGAGAGAGGGGAUACUGUGGCCUUGCUCCCAUCCUCUCCUUUGAGUCCAGCCCCCCCCUCCCCCGUUCCUCUGAAGAAGCCACUUCCACACAAGAAAUUCCCCCUCCCAUGUAGAGCCAGUCCCCAGGUACUAAUUGGCAUUCUGCUAAUUAGCCUCGUUGUCAGCACGCAGGGCCUCUUUCCCUAGGGGACCAUUACCUCAUUAACUGCGGAGUGGAGUGGAGGCAGCAGCUGCCCCAGGGCUGGGCCAGGGGCAGGUGGGCUUCUGCUUCAUACUGUCUGCUGGUCUAUCUGCUCCCCACUCAUUGGUCCUGGAGUUUCUUGAAUGGAGGCCCGCACAGUGUAGGGAAAAAAAGCAGUGGGCCUGCAAUCAGAAGAGUUGCCUCUAGAUCCAGGGUGAAGAGAAUGAAUCCAGCCUCCCAAGGUGGGUGGGAGGCCCUGAGGGUGACUGGGUCUGUGCAAAAUGUCCAA